AUGAAAAGAGAUCCAACUGAUCCUUUGAGUUAUUCGAAGUGUUUCUCUCUAAAUUCAACACGUGAUAUAAAACAAUUCAAUCAGCAAGACUUUCUCUAUAUUUACGACCCAUUCCAACUCGGGCUCGAACAUUUUACCGAAGAACAAAUUCAGGAAUUUCGACAAGCAUUUCUUCUCUACGAUAAAGAUUCUGACGGCGCGAUUAGUCCUAAAGUGCUCGGAAGUGCGAUGAGAACACUCGGGCAAAAUCCUACUGAAGACGAACUGAAGGCUUUAAUCAACGAAUUCGAUUGUGAAGGGAAAGGUUUAAUUGAUUUCAAUGAAUUUCUUCAUAUGAUGGCUAAACGAGCUGAUGAACACAAUGAAGAAGACGAAUUACGAGAAGCAUUUCGUGUAUUUGAUAAAAAUGGAAAUGGUUUUAUCAAAGUAGCAGAAUUAAGACAUGUGAUGAUUAAUUUGGGUGAACAAUUUUCCGAUCAUGAAGUUGAUGAAAUGUUACAAGAAAUUGAUGUUUCUGGAAAUGGAAUUAUUCGAUAUGAAGAACUUGUAAAAGUUGUUAUUGGAAAAUAA